AGGGGGAGCUGGGUGGUGUUGGAUUCUGCGUGCUCUGCUCAGAGCUCCCGCCCAGAGCCCACACUGGCCUGGGGCCCCAGCACAGCCACUCAUCGUCACUCACUCCUGAGAACACACGCCCGCCCUGCCGCCAAGCUCCUGAACAACAGCAGGACCCACCGGAGCUACUGAGGAGACAACCUUCCUGGGUGCAGGUGCUCGCUGGUGCUGGGACCAUGCCCGGGACCUUUGCUCUCUUGCUUCUCUUGAGCCAGACCACUGCAGACCCCUGUUACCACCCAGGUGGCCAGCCCCGCUUCUGCCUCCCUCCAGUGACCCGGCUGGCUAGCACAGCCGCCUCCUGCCCCCAGGCCUGUGCCCUCUCUCCAGGUGUGGCCCUCAGCACCCCCGCCGCCUGCAAUGGCAGCCUGACGCUGGCCUUGGGGGGCUCCUUUCUCCUGACCUCAGUCAGCCUGCGCUUCUGCACCCCAGGACCCCCAGCCCUGGUCCUGUCGGCCUCCUGGGCCACUGGAGGGCCUUGGAGAGCCCUGUGGCGUAGACCAGCUUGGCCUGGGGCACUAGGGGGCCCUGAGAGACUGACUUUCCGAAGCCCACCAGGCCCUAAGGCCAGUGUGGUGGCCAGUCAGCUCCGCAUGGAGUUUGGGGGACGAGCUGGACUGGCUGCAGCUGGAGUGAGAGGCCGCUGCCAGUGUCACGGUCACGCAGCCCACUGUGCCGCCCGUGCCCAGCCCCCCCGCUGCCGCUGUCGCCACCACACCACGGGCCCGGGCUGCGAGACCUGCCGCCCCUCCCACCGGGACUGGCCCUGGAGACCUGCCACGCCCCAGCACCCCCACCCAUGCCUGCCCUGCUCCUGCAACCAGCAUGCCCGACGCUGCAGGUUCAACUCUGAGCUGUUCAGGCUCUCGGGUGGUCGGAGUGGAGGUAUCUGUGAACGGUGUCGCCACCACACAGCUGGGCGCCACUGCCAGUACUGCCAGCCUGGCUUCUGGAGGGACCCUGGCCAGCCAAUCACCAGCCGCAAGGCCUGCAGGGUCUGCCAGUGCCACCCUAUUGGGGCAUCAAGCAGCAUCUGCAACCAGACCAGUGGGCAGUGCUCCUGCAAGCUGGGGGUCACCGGCCUGUUGUGCAACCGCUGUGGUCCUGGAUUCCAACAGAGCCGCUCCCCUAGGAUGCCCUGCCAGCGAAUUCCAGAGGCUACUACCACCCUGGCUAUGACCCCUGCUGUUUACAGCUCUGACCCUCAGUGUCAAAGCUACUGCAAUCACUCAGCCUCCAGGGUCCACAUGAGUCUCAGGAAGUACUGCCAACAGGACUAUGUCCUGCAGGCUCAGGUGCUGGCGGCCGAGCCCGCGGGCCCCGCGUGGAGCCGCCUGACCGCGCGCGUGCUGGCCGUGUACAAGCAGCGGGCGCCGCCGCUGCGCCGCGGGGACCAGCACCUCUGGGUGCCCGGCGCCGACCUGGCCUGCGGCUGCCUCCGCCUGCCGCCUGGCACCGACUACCUGCUGCUGGGCCGCGCGCCUCGUCACCCGGACCCCGCGCGCCUCGUCCUCGACCACCUGGGCCUGGCGCUGCCCUGGAGGCCACGCUGGGCUCGGCCUCUGAGGCGGCUGCGGCAGCAGGAGCGCGCGGGGGGCUGCCGGGGCCUGCGGGCUCCCACCAGCGGCCCAGCGCUGUCGCCAACUACCGCGCUGGCAACAGCUAGUCAGGCUGCCCACCGCCUGGACGGACAACCAAUCCCAUGAGCUGCCUCCCUCAGACAACCAAUCACAUGGGCGGCCUUCGUCCACGAGUCCUGAGAGAGCCAAUCAGAUGCCAAGCAUUCUCUGACGUCACCUCACGUGUCUAGCCGGAGGGAUACUCAACUGGAAGGCGGCCCACUGCUCAGCGCUUUGGCCUCUUAUUAGAACACUUGACCUGUCACCUAAGCAGCGGCUCCCCCAAUAAAGCCUCUGAUACUGGGGGUCCGAGGAUGGUCAAUCUCCCUGUCCAUGAUGGGAGAGUCUCUGAGAGACAAAAGAAGGACCUGAGUAGAUCAGCUGAGGCAGAUAUAGCUCUGCUCCCUACAAGACGGCCAAUCCGAUGAGAGCGUGGCUGUGACGUCACUGGGUGCUAGGGAGAAUGGCUUUAACAGGGAGAAACACCUAGGGAAGGUUCAGGUGUCAGAGUUCUGGAAAGCCCUGUGAAUAGCAAUAAUUGGUUGUGUGGACCUGGGGAUGAUCUAUGAGAAGAGAAUAAACGGUCCUACCAUAAAC